AUGGCUAAUGGAGUUUGUGAGAUGCUAUGGUUGAAGAGAAUUCUUGAAGAGCUGUGGAUGCCGGUGAACAUGCCAAUGAAGUUGUAUUGUGACAACAAAGCUGCCAUAAGUAUUGCUCAAAAUCCAGUACAACAUGAUCACACGAAGCAUGUAGAGAUUGACAGACACUUCAUAAAAGAGAAGAUUGAUAGUGGAGCUGUUUGCAUGCCUUUUGUUCCUACUACUCAACAAAUAGCCGAUAUCUUCACAAAAGGACUUUUCAGACCUAGUUUUGAGCUCUUCAACCUUUCAGAGCUUAUGGAACUUCAUCUUGAUGGUGUUAAGUUAUCAGCAAAAAAGAAAGAAUGGUGUCAAGCAUUAUCAUCUUCACUGUCAAAUCUGAGAGUGUUGAGCUUCUCAAGUUGUCGUCUUUCGGGGCCUCUUGAUUCCUCAUUACUCAAUCUUCAGUUUCUCUCAAUUGUUCGUCUUGAUUAUAACAAUUUUUCUACUCCAGUUCCAAAAUCUUUUGCAAAUUUCAAAAAUUUGACAUCCUUGAGUUUCUCUUCUUCUCGUUUGAAUGGAAAUUUUCCAAAAAAGAUCUUCCAGAUUCCAUCACUGCAAACACUUGACUUAUCAGGUCAUAUUACUUCCACUCAGUGGGAAGAACUUCUGAAUCUGGAGGUUCUAGACUUGAGUUACAAUUCAUUGGAAGGCAAUAUUCCAAUUUCUCUAUUCUCCAUUCCAUCAUUGCAGAAAUUACAACUUUUCAACAACUUAUUUUCUGGUCAACUCACUGAAUUUUCAACUAUUUCUUCUUACCUAUUGGACACCCUUGAUUUGGGCCACAACAACUUAGAAGGUUCAAUAUCCAUGUCUGUCUUUGAACUUCGAGGUCUUGAGGAGCUCGAUCUUUCUUGGAACAACUUAAGCGGCUCCCUGCAACCUAAUGUGAUUCGGACCAUGAGAAGCCUUUUUGUUCUUGAUCUUUCCCACAACAGCUUGGUGAUUGAAUAUAAUGGAAGUAAUUCUUCAUUAUCUGCCUUUCCUCCAAUUAUCACAUUAAGCUUGGCUUUUAAUAAGUUGAACACAUUUCCUCACUCAUUGAUAAAUCAAUCCACACUAUGUAAUCUAGACCUUUCAGGCAACCAGAUUCAUAGAGACAUAACCAAUUGGAUGUGGAAACUUCCUUAUCUUUAUUCAUUGAAUCUUUCUUAUAACUAUCUGGAAACUAUGUCUUUACUCAACAUGCCUUCUUUAGCAAUCCUAGACCUUCGCUCCAACCAACUCCAAGGGAAACUCUUAGUUUUCCCAGAAUAUGCUAAAUACUUGGAUUUCUCGAGGAAUAAUUUCAGCUUUGUCAUACCAGCUAGCAUUGGUAAUUCCCUUUCUUUAACUUCUUUCCUAUCUCUUUCAAGCAAUAAAUUAUAUGGGAAUAUCCCUCAAUCAAUAUGCAAUGCUACAUAUCUUCGUGUUCUAGAUUUGUCUAAUAAUUUCUUGAGUGGUAUGAUUCCCCAAUGCAUAUUUAAGUUGAGUGAGCCUCAGGAGGGGUUGAAUAUAACUUUAGGGGUGCUGAAUCUAUGGAGAAACUACUUCACUGGUGUAAUUUCUAAUACGUUUCCAAGACAUUGUGGCUUACAAACUUUAAAUCUCAAUGGAAACCAAUUAGAGGGAAAGCUACCGAAAUCUCUGGCCAAAUGCACAUAUUUGGAAGUUUUAGACGUUGGGAACAACCGCAUUGAGGAUGCCUUCCCAUGUUACUUGAAGAACAUGUCCAUGUUGCACGUCCUUAUUCUACGAUCUAACAAAUUUGUUGGGCCCAUUGACUGUUCAAGGUCUAAUGCCUCUUGGCCGAUGCUUCAAAUUGUAGACCUAGCAGGAAACAAUUUCACUGGUAAGCUUCCAAUAAAAUACUUUUCUGAUUGGAAGGCAAUAACAAAUGAUAAAAAUGAGGCCCAAUCUCAUCUCAAUCACCUCCAAUUUGAAGAUGAGUCCGAGAAUAUUUAUUAUCAAGAUGUGAUAACUUGUAACAUCCCCAACCCGUUAAGGCUAGAUUUGUCACUUUUUCUUUUAAAACAUAAGCUUUGCAAAGAUGUAUAA